AUGGAAACAAAACUAUCUUAUAACAGCGUAUCGCCGCAUUUACUGCGUUUACGCUUUGGUGGUUAUUAUCAAAUUGAUCCAAGGUCGCCGAAAUUACGAAAAAUGCUACAUACUAUUUAUAUGCGCAUUAGUCUUGCAUGGAUAUUAGUUUAUACAAUACUACAAGCGAUUAAAGUAUAUGAGGUGAGAGAAGAAAUUGAUAAAGUUAUGGCAACACUGUUUUUAUUUCUGACUCACACCGAUUCAAUCUAUAAGCAAGUUGUUUUAACGAUAAGGUCAGACGAGAUUGAGGAGUUGUUGGAUAUAAUGAGAGGUUCCCUUUACAAUCAAGAUAAUCCUGAUCACAAAUCAUUUUUAUUGGAGGUAGCUCGAUACAGUGUCCUUAUACUACAUCUAGACAACAUAUUGGCGUUAUUUACUUGUUUUCUUUGGGUGGUUUUGCCGUUCGUACUACACUUACAAGGAAAGCUCGUAGAAUUUGCUGUUUGGUUACCUUUUGAUGUGAAUAUGGAUCCAGUAUUUUAUUUCACAGCUUUAUAUGUGUGGGUGACAACAUCAUGGCUUGCAUUUUGUAAUACAAGUAUGGAUGUUAUGGUUUCAUUUCUUUUAGCACAAUGUAAAACACAACUUUCCAUAGUAAGACAUGAUCUCGAAAAUUUAAUGCAAACAAGCAAAGAAGAAAGUUCAUCAACUGGAGAAUCUUACCCAGAUGUUAUAAACAGAAGAUUUAAUAAAAUAUUACAACAUCAUGUACAAAUUAUUUAUUUUGCCAAAAAAGUCGAGCAUAUAUUUGGCAAUGCGGUGGCUUACCAGUUUCUAGCAAGCGGGUGGAUUAUUUGUACAUCAGUGUACAGAAUGGUCGAAAUGAAUCCGGCAUCUAUUCAAUUUUUAUCGAUGGUAUUAUACAUUUUUUGUAUGCUUCUUCAAAUAUUCAUGUACUGCUACUAUGGUAAUGAAGUUACUCAUGAGAGUAAAAAGCUUAUGCAAUCUGCUUAUUUUAUGGACUGGCUGAAUGCAAAUGUUAAACAUCGACGUCAUCUUAUUUUUUUCAUGGAAAGAGUAAAGUGUCCCAUACUACCUUUAGCAGGAGUUAUCAUUCCACUUUCAAAUGAAACAUUUGUUUCGAUAGUGAAAAGUUCUUACACAUUCUACGCUCUUUUGAAGAAUAAUAACUUAUAGAUUUCACUGACAUUUACCUAUUUAUAUAAUUAAUUGAUAUAUAGGUUUU